AUGUGGUGUGUUACAUUGAUGUUGGUGAUGUUAGCGACAACAACUGUUGUGUACACCCAAGUCACAGAUUUGCAGCCCAUACGAUUAGUGAUUACAUCUCCCAAUCCAGCCACUUACCAAGUCGAUACAGAGCUUGAUAUUACAUUUGACGUGACAGUGAUGAAUGAUGGUCCCGAAAACCUCAAUAGUAGCGACAGUGAUAAUUUCUAUAUACAGCUAUAUUUAAGUGAUUACUAUGAGCUGGACUCGGCCACCGCCACACAGUCAGUGCAUUUCAACGUCACACUUCCAACUGGUGCCGAUUUAUCACAGAAUAUCGAUGCUGGCAGCAAUAUCGAACUCGCGCAACUGACAGCUAUGGUGACGAUACCAAGGAAAUACUGCCCUCUACUGAACUAUGUAUGUGUGCUCAUCGUUGUUGAAGACUCUAUGACGACGAACAACGAUUGGUGCAUUAAAUUUGGUUCGCAGGUGGAGGGAAAAGCAGGAGAGAAACAGUGUCCAGAAACAGCUUCUCAGCAAGAUAUCGACAAUGGUGUGAAUGUCGUACUUUCCAGUUUUUCAAUGACACUGUAUUACCAUUAUUUGUAUUUAUUCAGUGAUAACACAGCUGAUAUUAUUAGUCAUAGUGAAGUACUGGUGGCAAACGGGUAUCCAAGACGCAUCCACGAGUCUCUAAGUAUUCUCACCAUUGUGGAGGUCCAGAGUAGUAAUCAAUUUUGCUCAGCCGCGUCAGGGUUUUACUUACCCCGGGACGCUCUCUUGAUGGCGCUUCAACAAAGUAGUUCUGAUUUUACAGCGGCUGAUGUCCAAGAAGUUGUACUGGGUGAAUUAUUUACCGAAGACGAGAACGAAACUAGUGUUGAAACCAUGAAGGCUCGAGAUUUAGAGGCAUGGAAAAUUGUUGUCAUUAUAACAUCGUCAAUAUUCGUCAUAGCCGGCCUAGCAACACUCGCUUACAUUGCGUACCCUGCCGAGGUACAGAAAGUUCGAAUUGAGAUACCAUUAUCUGCAGCGAGCACGGUUAGCAAGAAACACGGGAUUGAAGAGGUGGAAAAUGCGGACGUUGGAACAUAAGGCACGAGGCUGCCUUGGCGACAAACAAUUUGGACAAUCAAAGUGAUGACGCAAGUACAAGAUUGUCAACACCAUAAAAAUACGUCAAGCAUUUAUUGUAGUAGCUUAUUUAUGCUUUUUACCUAAACCUAUAUUAUUUAUUAUCCAAGUUUUGCACUUUCUAAGCUCUCACAACUUUUACCGCCAUGAUUGGAAGGAUUCAACAAAUGUUACUUUCUAAAUUUUGUCU